AUGGACCGACCAAGUGACGAUGAUGAAGAUGCGGAGUUGGACCUCGACCUCCUGGCGAUCAACGAGGACGACGUGCGUCAAACCGUCUACAAGCAAGACUGGCAAGCGCAAGAGUGA